ACGCUACCUUGGGUGACUCACCAGAACCGUAAUCACAAAUAGUGUUCAUGGACGUUUUAUAAAUUAGCCCGGUAUAAAAUUAACCCCUUCGUCUUCUCUCCCGAGAUGCCAAGUUCAACAGAGCAUUUCACUUCGAAUGCGUCAUGGCAAAACCAAAACCAUAUCCUCUUCUGCCUUCCACGCAGCGAGGAAGACCGCUACCCAAAUCGGCGAUGUCCUUCUCGCCGCUUCCGUCGCCAAAACCCUCUCCGACUCGGGAACUCGGAGCCUCCCCAGCGGCGACGCCGUUCCCCUCUCCGAGCACCUCGUUCUUCAAAUCCUCCGGCGGCACUCCCUCAAUAUCUCCAGGAAGAUGGAUUUCUUCAGGUGGUGUUCUCUCAGACCCAAUUACAAACACUCUCCGAGCACAUACUCCUCCAUCCUUCGAGCAGUCUGCCGAUCCGGACACCUUCAUGAAGUCCCCUCCCUGCUCGGUUCCAUGAAGGACGACGGCAUUCUCGUUGAUUCCGCCACAUUCAAGCUCCUGCUCGAUGCUUUUAUCAGAGCGGGCAAGUUCGACUCGGCGCUCGAAAUGCUGGACCAGGUAGAAGAAUUAGGGACUGAUGUCUUGAACCCCGACGUCUACAACUCCGUCAUUGUUGCUCUGGUUCGGAAAAACCAGCUGGGUAUGGCCUUUUCCAUCUUCACCAAGCUCUUGGAGGCCUCAAACAGCGAUGGCAGUGAAAAUCCUGUUCCUGACGCCGUUACCAGUAAUGAAUUACUGGUUGCUCUGAGAAAAGCGGACAUGAAGUCAGAGUUCAAGCUCGUGUUCGAUAAGCUGAGGGAGAAGGAGCGGUUUCCGUUUGACGUGUGGGGCUACAACAUAUGCAUUCACGCUUUUGGGUGCUGGGGUGAUCUGGGUACUUCUCUGAGUCUCUUCAGGGAGAUGAAAGAAAAGGGUUCGCGGUGUGGGUCAUGGGGUCCCGAUUUGUGCACAUACAACAGCCUGAUUCGCGUGCUUUGUUUGCUGGGCAAGGUGAAUGAUGCGCUUAUUGUUUGGGAGGAACUGAAAGGGUCCGGUCACGAGCCUGAUUCUUUCACUUAUCGCAUCCUUGUACAGGGUUGCUCUAAAUCAUAUCGGGUUAACGAUGCAACCAAGAUUUUCAAUGAGAUGCAGUACAGGGGGUUUCGUGUUGAUGUUGUUGCCUAUAAUUCUCUCCUUGACGGUCUGUUCAAAACAGGUAAAGUGGUAGAUGCCUGCCAACUGUUCGAGAAAAUGCUCGAGGAUGGUAUACGAGCUUCGUGUUGGACUUACAAUAUUCUGAUUGAUGGGUUGUUCAGAAAUGGAAGAGCUGCUGCAGGCUACACUCUGUUUUGCGACCUGAAAGUGAAAGGGCAGUUCGUGGAUGCCAUAUCUUACAGCAUUGUUGCAUUGCGUCUCUGUAAGGAGAAUCUGCUGGAGGAAGCGCUGCAGCUGGUGGAAGAAAUGGAGGCCAGAGGUUUUGUUGUUGAUUUGGUUACAGUAACGGCGCUUCUGAUUGGGUUUCAUAGGCAAGGUCGGUGGGAUUGGGCUGAGAAGCUUAUGAAGCACGUCAGGGACGGCAUGCUGGUUCCUAAUGUACUCAAGUGGAAAGCCAAUACGGAGGCAGCAAUGAAAAAUCCUCCCAGUAGAAGGAAGGACUUUACGCCUAUGUUCCCAUCUAAAGGCAACUUUGAGGAUAUCAUGACUUUGUUAAGAUCUGCUGAUUGGGCGAUAAUUAGGGACCAAGAUGAGGAGAUUUCUGCUAGUGACACUGAUCAGUGGUCGUCAUCCCCUUAUAUGGAUCAACUGGCAAAUCGAGUUGAGUCUGGGGACAGAUCUUUCCAGUUGUUCUCACUGUUUCGUGGGCAACGAGUUCAGGCAAAAGGAAUGAGCUCUUUUGAUAUUGAUAUGGUGAACACAUACUUGUCCAUAUUCUUAGCCAAGGGGCAGUUGAGUUUAGCUUGCAAGUUAUUUGAGAUAUUUACUGAUAUGGGUGUUGACCCUGUGAGCUAUACCUAUAAUUCAAUGAUUAGUUCAUUUGUUAAGAAGGGAUAUUUCAAUGAGGCAUGGGGUGUUCUUAAUGAAAUGGGUGAGAAUCUUUGCCCUGCGGAUGUAGCAACAUACAACUUGAUUUUCCAAAGCUUGGGGAAGAUGGGAAGAGCAGAUCUAGCCAGUGCUGUUCUGGAUCUAUUAAUGAAGCAGGGUGGUUACCUUGACAUUGUGAUGUACAAUACACUGAUCAAUGCCCUGGGGAAGGCUGGUCGCCUUGAGGAAGCGACCAAGCUUUUUGAGCAGAUGAGGUCCAGUGGGAUAAAUCCUGAUGUUGUCACUUUCAAUACGCUAAUUGAAGUUCAUAGCAAGGCUGGUCAAUUGAAAGAAGCAUACAGGUUCUUAAAAAUGAUGUUGGAUGCUGGCUGUUCACCAAACCAUGUAACUGACACUACUCUCGAUUUUCUGGAGAAGGAGAUUGAGAAACUGAGAUAUCAAAAGGCAUCCAUGAGGCGCACUAAGGACGACGCGUCUUCUUGAAUGACAAAUGAGAGGGUAACUGUGGUUUUGGAUUAGGGAAACCUGCUGCUAAUUGCAAGAGAAUGGUCCAUAGGGAGACAUCAGCAACCUGAGGGAUGUUGUGUUAUACAAUUUGCCAAUUAAUGCACUGGGGAAGGCUGGUCACCUUGAGGAAGCCUCCGGGGAUUUUUUUAACAGAAGCUCAACUGUGUCAAUGGUACUACUCAAUUUUCUGGAGAAGGGUACUUAGAAACGUAGAUCAAAAGGCAUCAAUCAGGCGCAUCAAGAAAUGUGAUUGAUCUUGGCGAACAAAGGGUAAGUUUGGUUUUGGAGUAGUCAAAGCUGCUUCAUUGCAAGGGAAUUCAAGCGUCAGUCGAUGAAUGCUAGAAAUGCUUAGCUUUCAAUCCAAUUAGAGAUUGUUCCUGUUAACUAAUCAGAACCUUGUAAUAAGAGGUUCAACUGGUCCAAAUCUGAGUAAUGUAAAUAAUCCAAGCAAUGUGAAAACAAUGCUGCUUUUAUAAGGUAUAUUUUCUGCAAAA